UAGCCCAGUAGGCGUCGAUGAAGAGGGUAGAAGGAUGCUUCUAUCGUCACUGAUGCUUCGCCGCUUUUGCUGUUUCGGUGCAAUCUCUACUUCUCCUUCUAUUGCUUCUUCACCUCCCAACCCUGCUAUCAAGAAAAAGCAACUUAUCUUCUUGGGUUCCCCUCAGGUUUCUGCUUCUGUUCUUGACGUACUGUUCAAUGCGUCUUCCGCUCCAGAUUCCUUGUUUGAGGUUGCAGCAAUUGUUACCCAGCCGCCGUCUGGAAGAGAUAGGGGAAGAAAAGUGAUGCCUUCUCCGGUCGCACAGCAUGCUCUUGACAAGGGCUUCCCUUCUGAUUUGAUUUUCACACCCUUACGAGCUGGUGAUGAGGAGUUCCUGUUUAACUUGAGAGCUCUGGAACCUGAACUUUGUAUCACAGCAGCAUAUGGGAAUAUCUUACCUAACAAAUUUCUAAAGAUACCAUCACUGGGAACAGUCAAUAUACAUCCAAGCCUGCUGCCUCUAUAUCGUGGUGCAGCUCCUGUUCAAAGAGCGUUGCAGGAUGGUGUGAAAGAAACAGGAGUAUCAUUAGCAUUCACUGUCCGUCAACUAGAUGCGGGACCUGUUAUUGCCUGUGAAAGAGUGCAAGUAGAUGAUCAGAUAAAGGCACCAGAUUUACUUGACUCGUUAUUUGCUCGAGGAUCUAAUCUUCUAAUCCGUGAGCUUCCCUCUAUAUUUGACGGAUCAGCAAGAGUGCAAGCUCAAGCCCAAGAUGACUCUAAGGCUACUUUGGCUCCAAAGAUAACUCCUGAGGAGUCAUGGCUAUCGUUUGACGAAGAAGCUUUAGUCUUGCAUAAUAAGGUACGGGCAUUUGCAGGGUGGCCAGGAACCCGAGCUAGGGUUGUAGUAUUCGACGACAAAACCAGCCAGUGCAAUACCCUAGAGCUUAAAAUUAUCACUACAAGGGUAUAUGGAGGUAACAAUGUUCCAAUUGACAAAAUUGAUGAAGUGAUUUUUACCAAAGGUUCACUGGUGUUCCGUUGUGGUAGAUGCACAGCUCUGGAGGUUAGCAGCCAUUUACCAGUUGUUUACUUAUGUGAUAUUUAAGUAUUUAUUCUAGGGUUUUCCUUUUCUGUACCUACGGCUUGUUGCAGUCUUGUAUGCAUAUGUAUGUGGCCUUUUAUAUGUAUGUGUUUUGCAAUUGUAUGUGUUUUUUGGUGUGGUGUUUGGGCAACAUAUUCCCCCAAAACUGUGUUGAAGCGUGUUUUAGAUCAUGUACCUAUCUUUACUAGGGAGGGAGUGAGCAACCAUUUUUCCUUUACCUUGAAAGCCUAAGGUGAAUGUCAUCCCAUAAAAUAUGUUUAUUGUCAGUUUAUUUUCUUAUUUUUUGUGUACUUGCCUGUCUUUCAGUUUUCUUGUCAUAGUGUGUGUUUGGGGGGGUGGUUACGAUGUCGCCGGCUUGCCGUGUUGGUUGUUACAAUCUUACACUGAUGUACUUAACAAGACCAGGAUAACCGUGCAUGUUCUUGCUACUAAUUUUGAUGUUGGCACUUUGUUGACACUCAGGUUCUGGAAGUACAGCUUCCCGGUAAAAAAGUGAUAAAUGUAGCUGCAUUUUGGAAUGGUUUGCGAGGUCAAAAGCUGAAGAAGUUAUAACCAAUGUGCCAAUUUAUCUGCACAGUAAAUCAAGGUACAGGUUGGAAAGUUCGGUAAACUCUCUCUCUUAUUGUGACACCUGAUGAACGUACAAGUGUUACAAUAAUAUGUAGAUGAGUUUUGGCUGGUACAACCACUCUAUUAUCCACUUCUAAUAAACGUAAUUGACCCAAUUCUGGAUCAUCUUCUGGAAUCGUAUAACUAUGAGAAGGGAGUGACUAUUCAUCAGAAGAGUUAUAGUCUGAAUACUCAUAAGUCCGAUAUCAUUGAUUUCCAAUGGCUUCGAUAGUAAUGGCUGAAACUACUACUACCUCGUCCAUUGUUUAUAAAAGAGCACAAAUGAUGGUAUAACAAUGAGCAUCGGGAUGAUAAUGUGAACAAUUUCCUUAUUGUGAUCGUAGAGGAGUUACUUUUGUAAUACUUCAAAGACCCCCUUCUCUUUUUAUGUUUUAGAGUAGUGGUGCCAUAGGGUAGAUAGACUGUUUUUUUUUUUGAAAUGUAUACAUCAUUUGUUUAGCCCACUCCUAAUGGAAAAAGAGGAAGAUGGAAGCCUCCAACCAAUUUGUGGGGAUCAAAUUUAGAUCUUAAUGUUGCUAAGGUUACCUGAGACUUCCGACCUAGGAGGUGAGGUACUGUCCAUCUGGGUUAAUCAGUGAUGGUUGAGUUGGGCUGUAACAUCAAGAUAUUUGAUUGAUGGCAUGCUUAAUCGUAUUUUUGGGCAACUUUAAUUCAUCUAUAACUCUAUAGGGUUAAUGUAUGCUAUUAUUUUGCAG